UCUAGGCCGAUUCGCCUCAUAGUCGACCGCGUCGAACGAUCCUCCUGUCAGACCGAACGAUAUCGCUUCAUCAUCGCUUCAUCAUCCAGUCGCCCUUCCAGCCGUUUCCAGAGGUUCGCCAAACAUGGGACCAGUUGGCUUGGUGUUCGUCGCCUCGAUCUCCGUGGCUCUAGCCAAGCCAGGCAUCCUGUCAGCCCCGUUGCUUGCCAGGCUGACCCCUGCUGCGCCCGUCGGUCCUGAUGGCAGAGUGCUGGACACAGCCGAGGUGGCUGUGGCCAAAGCUGAGCACGCCGCGGCGCACCUGAACGAGAGACUCAACCUGGCCAACGAGGCAGCCAGGUCAGUCUCGGCCAGCGUGCAGACUCUGAUUCAGCCUGGAUCGGUGGUCCUAUCUGGACCGAGUCUUCUGGUACCUGGGGCGCCUAUUGGUCCUGACGGCAGGGUCGUAGACACCGCGGAAGUUGCCGUGGCCAAGGCUGCUCACGCCGCGGCGCAGACCAACGAGAGAAUCAACCUCGCCAACGAAGCUGCCAGAUCCGUCGCUGCUGAUUUGAACAGGCCAUUGUUGGCCUCAGUGGUUCGCGGAUCAGCCGUAGGUAUUGACGGAAGGGUCCUGGACACACCGGAAGUGGCAGCCGCGAAGGCAGCCCACGCUGCAGCUCAAAUCAACGAGCGAAUCACCCUAGCCAACGAAGCUGCGAGGUCCUCUGGAGGCUUGGUGGCGGCCACUGCAGCAGGAUUUCCACUGGUUACCGCCAACGCUGUGGUCGUUCGUGGGGCCCCUAUUGGUCCCGACGGAAGAGUCCAGGACACGCCAGAAGUCGCCGUGGCAAAGGCUGCGCACGUAAACGCUCACCUGAACGAGAAGCUGAAUCUGGCCAACGAAGCAGCCAGAUCAGCGGACGUUCUGGCUGUUGCUAGCCCUGGGCUCGCCAUUGGAAGACUUGUUUACUGAAGAAGAGGCUCCAGGAACAAAUAUUCACGCGGGAAUUGCUAUAGUUUAUAGUCCAUAAAUAGUUACCUUUACUUGGAAUAAAGAGAUUGGCGAGAACUGUUGUUCAUGUAUCUGCACUGAAGUUUAGCGAUUGUCCAAGACAGGAAUGGACAAAAUUUAUACUCGAAUCACGUUUAUUUGUAACGUUAUCGGUGACGUAUGGUUGUUUUAAAGCACUUCUUUCAAGUUUGAAAUUUUAUUUAACGAGUAACGGUUGGAAUGUUAUAUCACGAUAAGGAUUUUGUCUAUUUUUGCCUUACGGAUCACGUUUCGUUUAACAAUGUAUCCACAGGACACUCGCAUUCUCUUGUGAUUAUUCAGGCUUUGUAACGAAUAUUUUGUCGUUGAAACAGAAAUAAAAAAAUAUACAUACUU